AUGAACACUCAUUUUAAAUAUCAAUCAGCUUACCAGGAAAUGCAGUUCUAGCCUGAGCUGCUAGAAUCCCUGGAAAAAGGAUCUAUUCCACUUCUUCAUAUUGAGAAUCAUCAGUUUAGAGAUAGAAUUAAAUCAGCUGAACUUAGUAAAAAGGGGAAUAUUUAUCUUUAACACUACUUGCCUGCAAAAUAGAGAGCAAAAUAUUCAUAAAAUUAAUUUUAGUCAGGCCAUUUGAAAGAAGAUGAGUUUAAUCCUAACUUGCCUCAUAAAAAUCAUUCUUUUUGGUUAAAAGUGAGGCAAAUUCCUAAAGAAGGCCCUCCUAUUAGACUUGGACUUGGAAAGAGAACUGAAAAUGAAAGGAUCAUGGAAAGAGUUUAAAAAGGAGAUAUAUAUAAAAUUGAUCAUACAGCGAAAGACACUUAAAUGAUUCAUCACCCUGACUGGAAACCUGUUCAAAAAUAAAACUGGGUGGGAAAUAAAAAUUUUGAUACUACUUCUUGCCAUUACUAAGGACCAAGAAGCAACCCACCUUGGUAAGAAUUUCCUUUAAGAAUAAAUCAUGAAGGUAAUGAAUAUGUUGAUGGAUACGAGAAAGUUGGAGAGAACAUUCACAGAUUUAGGGAAAAAUCAAAAGAACAUGGCAAGCCUGAUUUUAUUAGUCAAGUUUAACAAGAUGCUAUUGGAUAAAAAUUGCAUAUUUCAUAAUCUUUAAGGACUUUUAAAAGCCACAAAGUAUUGGGAGUAGAUUAAAAUUCUUAGGAAUUUAGCAAAUCCAAAAAACUCACUUUCUACAAGCAACCUUUAAUUGAUACUAAAAGUGUUGAUCAUUAAGUUCCUUAUUAGCACAGCUAGAGCAUUCGUUCUAAACCAGUUAGAGAUUUAAUGCCAAGUACCGAUAAAAUUUACAAAUUAUCAAUUAAAGAAUUAACAAUUAGCUCGUCAAAACAUAAAUUAGAUAUGUCAUAAAAAAUGAUGAAUGAGUCUUUAAAAAAUGAUUUUACUCCUACUUACAAUAAUAACAAUAAUUAUAUGAUGGAAAGAGUUAAAAGUUCAAAAUAAGAAUAGUAAUUAAGAGAUAUAGUCAAAGGAGUCGAUUCUGUAAAGUCUAAUAAUAUGUAUAAUAAUGACCCAAGACUUUCAAACAUAAAUAGUAGAGGAAGUUAAAGGACAACUUAAUAUAGUUGGAAUAAAUCUAGGGCUCAAACUGCAGCUUCUGGAAAAAGAAAAAACAUGUCUGAAGCAAUUCAAUUGAAAAAUAAACUAAAUAAUGAUCCAUAUUACCAACCAUCAACACAAGAGACUAAAGAUUUAGUAUCUAAAUACUUUGAUUGA